AUGACGCUUCGCGAGUCUGUGGAGUUUCUCCUUGUAAAUGUACCGGGUGCCCUCCUAUUGACGAUCCGUCUCAUCGCACUCCGCUGGUUCUUGAGUGAAGAGGCACGACAACCGCACCGCAACGAAUACCGAUUCUACACGGACCUCGAAAAAUGCAGUGAGAUGAAUCGACAGAAACUCGAUGAGUCACGACUAAAGGAGAUGACCAUCGACGAACUCGGGUCGAGUGCCUCUGCAAUAACCAGAGAGUUCAAUAGAAUACUUGCAUUUGACACUAAAGAACUAGCAGCCACGCUCGAGAACUUGAAGCAGUCAGUCGAGUACUUGGCGGUGUAUUAG